AUGGUACGUGUUGUCCGCUUUAAACGUAGACUCUCACAGAUUUGUUUGUUGGACUAUGUGACAUUAAGCCCUAAAAAUGUUGGUGGUGAUAGAAUUGGUUCCAAAGGUUACUUUAUUCAGUCCAUUGUGUUCUCAAAUACCAAGGAGGACAUGUCGAUAGCACAAGAUGAGACUUUUGAUCCAGUGCAAUGUGUCUUCAAAUUCAAGGAUAUUGGCGAACUAAUAAAGAGGGCAAACAACACGCGCUAUGAUCUAGUGGCAGGAGUUUUCACAAAGAACAUCAACACAACAAACACCUUGACCCGAGGACUGAGAACUGAAACGAUGUGGAUUAACUGCUAUGUUGUAUUUGAUGCUACGAUUCCCUUUGGAGGGUACAAGAUGAGUGGCAUGGGCAGGGAAAAGGAUAUUUACAGUCUUAGCAACUAUUUACAGGUGAAGACUACAGUUUACUUCAUUGAAGAAUCCUGCAUGGGUAUAGAUUAUGGCCACCCUGCUUGUAAAUCAUAAUCUCUUUUUCUUUUUUUGUAAAA